AUGUUUUCAGCAAGAUCCGCGGACAUUGACAGUGGUUGUAACAGCGCAACUUCAUUGGUUGUAUCGCCAUCUGAUGACAUCACCAGUACUAUCAGUCUGAAUUCGGAUUUGGACACAACACAUCAAGAACGCAAGUCUGGCCUCGAAAGGCUUCAUUCAGAUUUAUCGCAAUCAGCACAACAUUUGCAAAGGUACCAGCAAGCAGAACAGCAUCGUUCACAACCGCCAAAAAAUGAGACUCCGCUCUCCUCAACACCAUACGUUUCUCGAAAAUGUUCAGUUUCCUCCCUUAUCGCAGCACCUAUGUCGAACACCUCAUCGAUGUCGUCGAUGAUGCAGGUUUCUGCAUAUAACGGUGGGAUGGGGUCGGACCGAGAAGACAUUCCGGGUAACUGUGGACAGCAGCAGAACAAUAUUGACAUAUCUUCCACUUUCAGCCGAGAUAUUCCAAAUAUCUCAAUGACGAGCAUUACCUCCACAUCUGCACACCCAAAAAUGCAAAAUACCAAGCUACCGUAUCUUCCAACUGGUCCAAUUUCGAUAGCAUUGGCAGCAUCAACAGAUGGGUCCAAUUCGCCCCAAGUUCCUCUCACUCCAAGUAUAACAACGCCGAAGCUGGCUUCAAGCGGGUUCCUGACUCAAGUGAGACGAAAUAGCAUUUGCAGCACAACCAGUAGUACAACCACAUCAAUGCCAGUUGCUCCGGGGCCCAAUGCAAAGCAUGGACGUAGUUUCUUCGACUCUCCAAGAAAUAGCUUUUCCAAGUCUUAUUCGGCAAGUGCAUUACGCAAAUCGCGUACUGCUGCAACAUCUUCAAUGCUCGUGGCUUUGCAUAGCAUAGACGACCCGGCUGUGGUCUCAGAUUCGGAUACUGCUUCCAGUAUUGUGUACACUGCACCGCCUCUUCCAUCAGCGACCGUAUCCUCGUCCUCUUCUUUUCGCAGACACAAUGAAUAUCGCAAGCAUAAGAGUCCUGCUAACAGUGCCCACUCCGGUUCGAACUCCCCGCAGUCGCUUUUCCCAAAAUUAUUCCAUUUCACUACCUCCACCAGUACAUCCUUACCCUCGCCACAAAAGCCCGUCCCACCUCUUUCACUCGAGGCCCUCACAGAGCAUAGAAACAGAAAGGCCUCGUCCUCGACAGCUUCAAAACAAAUACGAACUCGCAAAUGGAUUACCGCCAACUCCCAUGUAACUGGCGGUCCAAAGCCGAGAAGUCUGUCAUCUUCUUCAUCAGUACCACCAAAGCUUGUCUUUAAAAGCACUUCUUCAACUAUGAAGCCCAAGAUGAAGGCCUUUAAUCGGGUAGCCAACGAUCUGCGCUUUGAGAUGUUCCCGCUGGAUCAGGAACUAGAGCACGAGUCACUUGUUACAUCAGCUAUGAAAUCAAACCGGGUUGGGUACUUUCUUCACAAUAAGGUGCUGCCUUUAACUUCUACCAAAGAUGCUUCAGCUACUCGUUUACACUCAACUCAGGAUUCUUCCGAUAGUGAUACUUCCAUUUCAGCAGAAGGCCCACCUCCAGCACAGUGUGAUAACUUGAAGCGGUACGAUAUCAUAAGCAAGGCGAAUGAAGCAUGGAAUAAGCAUAGAGCCGUUUCUCCGUCAUUGUCCACCUCUACAGUUGGUGGCCAUAUCAGCAGUAUGAGUAUCGUAGGUACAAGAAAAAGGCGGAAUUCUGUUGAUGACAGCGAUGCCUCUACGUAUGGAGGUUCCGAUGACUCGGAACACAGAGUGAAUACGAAGCGCAGAAUAGUAUCAACUAGAAGUAAUGCGUUUUUGGCUGAUGCUGCCGAGAUAGGUAAUUCGGAUAGUCAUUCUAUCAGAAGCAAGUAUGAAUCUGGGUUUAAUGACCAAAGCCCUGAUGAUUAA